GUUCCCUGGAAUUACGUCACCGUCAUUUCUGUAUCGAGGAACGGUGGAAUUUCAACAUCCCGUGUCUUUUCGUGCAGUUUUUUGAUUCCUGGACGAAGAAGCACGAAAAUGGCAGCGCAACUACCAGCGAAGGCCGUGGGCCUACUUAAAACUGGUAUGGUCUUGGCAAAGCCUAAACUGCAGGUUUUCAGGCAAUACGCCAUGGUCGAGUUGACACCACCAAAACUUUCCGAUAUUCCUGCUAUUCGUUCCGGAAUUGCGAAAAUCUUAUCGAGCGCUAAGAAUGGCAGUUACCGUAAUCUGACUGUUAGAGAAGCGUGGUUGAACACCCUCGUUGGAAUCGAAGUCCUCUGCUGGUUCUAUAUCGGUGAAGUUAUAGGAAAACGUCACCUUGUUGGCUACAAAGUUUAAAUCAGACUCCAAAUCUAUCUGCUAGAUAAUUGUGUAUAUUUAUAAAUGUUCUCGGAAGAGCAAGACAUUCGCAAAUAAAACUUAUAGAAAUUGAA